CCCGUAGUGAGUCGUCUACGUCAAGAUGGCGGCUUCCACUGUUAGCAGCAAAGGGGCUGAAUUAUCCAAAGCGGAGUAUCUUAAACGCUAUUUAUCGACAGAUGAUGACGCUAAGAAGUCAAAGGGGAAAAAGAAGCGACGAAAGGUUGCGGGAAAAGGGCUAAAGAUUGUGGAUGAUGACAUUGACUGGAGACAAAUGGUCAUGGUAGAAGACCAUGGGGGAGAAGAGGACGACGAGGAAGCACCGGUGAUAGCUGAAGUGAUUGAUGAUCGUCCUGAGGAUGUGAGACACAUGGAAGUCUUCAGAAGCAGCUCCAGAUGGAAAGUCAUUGGAGAUGAUGAAAAUAAAGAGGACGACUCCCAGCCAGAAGACUUAUCUGAGCAGACAUCUAACAGAAAGACUCGACACGACUCUCCAGAUAGUUCCCCUACGAGGAGAGCACGCCAUGACUCCCCUGACAUCUCGCCACCUAGAAGGAAACGCCACGAUUCUCCGGAUAUUUCACCUCCCAGGAAGAAACGCCACGAUUCUCCGGAUAUUUCACCUCCCAGGAAGAAACGCCACGAUUCUCCGGAUAUUUCACCUCCCAGGAAGAAACGCCAUGAUUCGCCAGACUUGUCUCCUCCCAGACGACAUGCUAGCAAGUCAGGAAAGAUGCAAAGUAAAGAUUCGUCCCCCGUGAGCCGAAAGCACACUUCCGCAACAAGUCACAGCCGUUCAUUGGCACGCCGUAAUUCGCCAGGAAGUAAGAAACCUCAGACCAGUCGGGACUCAGACUCGGACCAGUCGCCACCACGAAGAGGGAGGCAAAAGGGACAGGCUUCCGACUCAGACCAGUCUCCACCCAGACGGCGGAUGCACGGUGGGAAAGCAUCUGAUGAUGACCUCUCGCCUCCUCGUCGUCCAGGCCAGGCUGAGGGCAGCAGCAUGCUUUCCGGUGGAAAGGCAGGUCUGAUUUCAUCUGAUGUUCUUCGGAAAGAAAAGGAGGAAGAACGCCGCCGGGACGGAAACAACCGGGAGCUGGAAAAUGAGUCCCGCCACGCCCAAACUGUGUUUCGAGACAAGAGUGGAAAAAAGAGGGACUUGGAAUCAGAACGGGAAGAACAGAAGAGGAAAGCUGGAGAAAAAGCAGCGAAAGAUGAGAAAUACGCUCAGUGGGGGAAAGGGCUGGCGCAGGGACAGAUGCAGCAGCAGAGGCUGGAGGACGCGCUGCACGAAGCCCAGAAACCGCUGGCACGUAACUAUGACGACGAGGACCUGGACCGCAUGCUGAGGGAGCAGGAAAGAGAGGGCGAUCCCAUGGCGGCCAUGUUGAGACGGAAGAAGGAGCGCAAGACUCAUGGGGUUAAAGAUAAACCUCAGUAUAAAGGACCACUGCCACCUCCUAACAGAUUCAAUAUUCUACCAGGAUAUCGCUGGGAUGGCGUCAACAGGUCAAACGGUUUUGAGCAGAAGCGCUACACAAGGAUUGCAGAUAAAAAAGCCAUCCAGGAGGAAGCUUAUAAAUGGAGCGUGGAGGACAUGUAGAAACCGUGUUUGUCCUUUUUUUUUUUUUUUAACAAAUCCAAAGCAAGACCAGCUGGAGAUACAAAAAAUACGUAACAUGUACAUAGCAGUGAUGAUAUUUUACUCAUUUUGUAAAUACACAAUCUGGAGAUAUUUCCACUUUUUUUCUUAUUAAAUGAUUUGACUUUGUA